ACCGUGGGGGUGGGGUUGGGGGGUGUUUCUGCAGUGCUGGGCUUCUUUGUGGGUGGGUUCCUUUCCUUGGUCCUGAUGAUCACCCACAUCACUUCCUGCUGGCUGCUAGAGGAUCUCCAGGAGCAGGAAGAAGGAGAUCUGGCCCCAGGGGACAGUUAUUGGCACUUGGUUCAUGCCAUGAAGGAAGGGUACCAGUUGGAUAAGCUGGGAGAAGCAGGGAGGGACUUCAAAUGGAGAGACCAGUGUGAACAAAGGUCCCGAGGCGAUAGAGGGGAAAGCCACGCUGGGGGAGACUGUGGGGAGCCCAUGGGUUAUGUGGAGGUGUGGGUCAGAGCCAGUGUUGGAGUGAGGUUGGGGGCAGAGCCUGGGAACCCCUAGAAGAGACCUGGAGGGCCUGGCUGAGGCAUUCAGGCCUCAUCCUGAUGGGAAAUUCAUGUGGGGCUUUGAGUUAGAGGGAUCAGGACAGUCAUUGUCUUGGACAGGGUGAAGCCGCUGUGUGGGCUGGGUGGGAACAGAAACAGAGUGUUCUGACGGCCCCUGCAGUGGUCCAGGUAGCAGAUGGUGGAGCAGUAGCCCACUGAGAAGGGAGAAGGGGGCUGGCAGGGAUGGGGAACUGAGUAGCUAGAGAAGGGAUGGCACACAUUUGUCAAAGGCAUCUCUGAGGGUCCCAGGACCGAGCGAUGGCUUUGUGUGUCAGAGACGCCGGGGGGGAAGGAGGGAGGAGCUCGGUUUCAGCACGUGGAGUUGGAGGUGCCCUUGAGGAACCCAGCUGGGAGGAAGGAGUUGACUUUGGGGAUAAUCCUGGAGCAGGACACAUGGACUGGGACUCGCUGGCAGAGGGGAGGCAGAGCCUGCCCGUGGAGACGCUCGGCCCGGCCUCCAGGAGGGACCCAGACCCCGAGAGAACCCUGCAGGCCCCUCGCAGCCCCUCCAAGGCAGAUGGGGAAGAAUUACCUGGGACCGUGGAUGGUGAAGGGACGCUCUUCCAGACUGAAAGCCCCCAGUCUGGCACCGUUCGGACAGAGGAGACUGAGGUCAAGGGCGCCCUGGAAGGUGGUAUUUGUGGUGUGGAGACUCCUGGCCCAGGAGACACAGCAGUCCAGGAAGACUUGCAGGAGACCCCCGUGGUGACAGGUCUGGGACCAGACACACAGGACCAGGAUGGCCGGAGUCCGCCACAGAGCCUGCCUUCAACCCCCAAAGCAGCUUGGAUCAGGGAGGAGGGCCGCUGCUCCAGCAGUGAGGAUGACACAGACGUGGAUGUGGAGGGUCUGCGGAGACGGCGGGGCCGGGAGGCUGGCCCAGCUCAGCCCGCGGCGCCCCUGGCUGUGGAGAACCAGGCUGCUGGUGAGGGUGCAGGUGGGGAGCUGGGCAUCUCCCUCAACAUGUGCCUCCUCGGGGCCCUGGUUCUGCUGGGCCUGGGGAUCCUCCUCUUCUCAGGUGGCCUCUCAGAGUCCGAGACUGGGCCCAUGGAGGAAGGGGAGCAGGUCCUUCCGGACACUGGGUCGGACCCUGAGCUGCUGGAUGCUGUGGGGGACAGGCAGGAUGGGCUAAGGGAACAGCUGCAGGCCUCAGUGCCUCCUGACAGUGUCCCCAGCCUGCAGAACAUGGGUCUUCUGCUGGACAAGCUGGCCAAGGAGAACCAGGACAUCCGGCUGCUGCAGGCCCAGCUGCAGGCCCAGAAGGAAGAGCUUCAGCGCCUGAUGCACCAGCCCAAAGGCCUAGAGGAGGAGAAUACCCGGCUCCGGGGGGCUCUGCAGCAGGGCGAAGCCUUCCAGCAGGCUCUGGAGUCAGAGCUGCAGCAGCUGCGGGCCCGGCUCCAGGGGCUGGAGGCCGACUGUGUCCGGGGCACAGAUGGGGUGUGCCUCAGUUGGGGUAGAGGCCCACAGGGUGACAAGGCCAUCAAGGAGCAAGGCCCCAGGGAGCAGGAGCCAGAACUCAGCUUCCUGAAGCAGAAGGAACAGCUGGAGGCUGAGGCACAGGCAUUAAGGCAAGAGCUGGAGAGGCAGCGGCGGCUGCUGGGGUCUGUACAGCAAGAUCUGGAGAGGAGCUUACAGGAUGCCGGCCGCGGGGGCCCAGCUCACGCUGGCUUGGCUGAGCUGGGCCGCAGAUUGGCCCAGAAACUGCAGGGCCUGGGGAACUGGGGCCAGGACCCUGGGGUCUCUGCCAAUGCCUCAGAGGCCUGGCAUCAGAAGUCCCACUUCCAGAAUUCCAGGGAGUGGAGUGGAAAGGAAAAGUGGUGGGAUGGGCAGAGGGGCCGGAAGGCUGAGCACUGGAAGCCUGGGAAGGAAGAAUCUGGCCGGGAACGGAAGAAGAACUGGGGAGUUCAGGAGGACAGGGAGCUGGCAGGAAGGUGGCAGGAGGGCAGGCCGGGGGCGGAGGAGUGGGGGAGCAAGAAGGAGGGCAAGCGACAGGGCCCUAAGGAACCCCCAAGGAAAAGCGGUAGCUUCCGCUCCUCUGGAGAAAAGCAGAAGCAACCCCGGUGGAGGGAAGGGGCUAAGGACAGGCACGACCCUCUGCCGUCCUGGGCAGAGCUGUUGAGGCCCAAGUACCGGGCGCCCCAGGGCUGUUCAGGUGUGGACGAGUGUGCCCGGCAGGAGGGCCUGACUUUCUUCGGCGCAGAGCUAGCCCCAGUGCGGCAACAGGAGCUGGCCUCUCUGCUAAGAACAUACCUGGCACGGCUGCCCUGGGCUGGGCAGCUGACCAAGGAGCUACCCCUCUCACCUGCUUUCUUUGGCGAGGACGGCAUCUUCCGUCAUGACCGCCUCCGCUUCCGGGAUUUUGUGGAUGCCCUGGAGGACAGCUUGGAGGAGGUGGCUGUGCAACAGACAGGUGAUGAUGAUGAAGUAGAUGACUUUGAGGACUUCAUCUUCGGCCACUUCUUUGGAGACAAAGCACUGAAGAAGAGGUCAGGGAAGAAGGACAAGCACUCGCAGAGCCCAAGAGUUGUGGGGCCCAGGGAGGGGCACGGUCACCAGCACCGGGGCUGACGCCUUGCCCCAUGGGGAAUGGCCUUGGCCCAAGAUCCCAGCGUUCUCUAACUCCCGGAGGCUGCACUCUGUCCUGGCUUGUCUGGUGUCCUUGGAUAGCCUUCACAGAGUAGAGCAGAAUCACCAGCCCUGCACUGAUGCCACUUUCUCUAGUAAAAGGCCUUAGCUGGACCUGCUAUCUAUGCAAAUGUAUGCAAAUGUAUGCAAAUACUCCAGGCCCUGGGAGGUGGGCCUGUGUUUUGCCAAUGUGAAGGGGGAGAUGGGAGAGGAGCCUGUUCUGGGGUGGGGUGGGGGUAAGGCAAUCUGACUCUGAAGCCAAAGAGCUUUUAUCCUCUUGCGUGUAUGUCCCCAGUGCGGGUCCCUUUGUUUCCACAUGCUGACUGGCGCCCCUGGGAUUUGACUAGAGCUGCUGGCUUGAGGCCCAGCACGAGGACUUUCCCUGGGGUUUUGUUCGGUUUGGAGGCAACUGUCCCCAGUUGAAGUCCCCCGUUCUUCACCCCUGCUUCUCCGGUGGCCUCACCUCCUGAUAGGAACUAUAGACUCAGAUUCCAAUAAAGUGCUGUUGCAGCUGUGA